AUGAGCAGCAAUAUUAAAGAGUUAAUUAAAAAAGAAAAGGAGAGAAGAAAAUUAAUGAGAAAUGAAAAAAAAAAGGAAGAAAAAAUAAAACUAGAAAUAAAUUCAAAUUUUUCCGAAGAGAGUAAUUUAAAGAUUCCCAAGAACCUCUUUUUAAAUAUACAAAAUAAUUAUGAAAAUAAUGCUGAAGAUAGUUUCAUAAAAAAUAAAAAUUUAAAUAUAAAUGAUAUAUCAAAGGAGUGUAAUGCCCUAAAUGAAGAAUAUUGUAAAGAGCCAACAGCUCCAGUAAAUAAGCUAAAUAAAAACAAUAAUUUAAAAGAAGCAUUUUCAGAAUAUAAUAAUAUAAAGAAUAGCUAUUUUUUUGAGGAAAAUGAAAAUAAGGAUACUAAUAAAAGUAUUAUGAAAGAUAAAAAUAGCAUUUCUAUAAAUAUAAAAAACGAAGAUAGCUUACCUGAAGAUUUUUUUGAUAGUUUUAAAAUAUGUGAUAAUAAAAAUAAUAAAUCAGAUAUAAAAAAUGGUGAUAAAAUAGAAACAAAAAAUAAUCUUAAUAAUAAUUUGAAAAAUCACAGCGAGAACGAAAAAGGGAAGAAAGACGAGAUUAUGAAAACUUUUUCUGACACUCAUUUUGUUAGAAACUCAAAAAAUGAUAUGAUAAAGAACUAUUCAGGUGAUAAAUCAAACCUAUCAGUUGAACAGCAGAAUGAAUGCAUCAUUGAAAAUGAGUUUGAAAAUGAAAAAGAUGACAAUGUAGAAAUAUUAGAAACAUAUGAAAUUAUUGAACCAACUACUUAUAAUUUAGAUUUAAAAGAAAAUAAGAAUUUUCUUAAGAGAAAAUUAGAAAAAAGAAAAAAAAUAGAAAAUAAUGAAAAUGAAGAAGAUGAAGUAUAUAAAAAAAAAAAAAAAGAUUCAAAUACAGACAAUUAUAAUAAAAAUAAUGAAAUAGGAAAUAAUGAUUAUAUAAUGAACUUAUUUGAUAAUAAUUUAGAUGAUUUAAUAUAUUAUAAACCAUCAGAUACAGCAUAUUAUGAAGAACUUGAUUACUUACAUAAAAUGUUAGUAGAAAAAAAAAAAAAUAUAUUAGGAAAUAUGUAUGAUGAAGAAAAUGAAAAAAAUAAAGAGAAUGAAGUGAACAUCCUUGAAGAAUUAAAUGAAUUUCAUAAAAAAAAAAAUAAAAAAGAAAAUGAAAAAAAUUCCAAUUUUAACAUUGAUGAAAUAUAUGAAAUAUUAAAUAUAAAAAAAGGUGAACAUAAAAAUGAUUAUUUAAAUGAUAUAACGAAUAAAAACGAAGAAAGUAAUUCAAUAGAAAAAAAUACGCAAAAUGAAAAUAUACCAAAAGGGUUUUUUGAUGAUAAAGAAAAAGAAAUUUUUAUUAGAGAAAAAGUAUCUUUAUCUACUUUAGAUCAAAAAAUAGCAGAGGUUAAGAAACAAAAAAAAAAAAUUUUAUUAGAAUAUAAAAAUGUAGAAAACAUUUAUGAAGAAAAGAUGAAUAAUUACAUUGAUUAUUUAUAUGACGAUAAAUAUGAUAAUAAAACAGAAAUUUUGAAUGAAUUAAAAACAAAAGUUAUUAAUGUAAAUCAUUUGAAAGAUAAAGUCAAAAAAAUAAAAAAGCAAAAAAACAAAAUAACAAAACAUAAAAAAAAAGUAAAUACUAAGCUUGAUGUCACUAAUCAAAUUUUUUCUGACUGGAGAAAAAAGAGUUUUUUUUAA